AUCCCUUGUUUAUAUCAUUGCUCUACAUUUCACACGAUCCUCCCUUCACUCGAACAUCAUCCUCGCGCAUGUCCUCGUCAAUUCCCUUCAUGCCUUGACGCGAGAUCCUUGUCGGUACGACGUCGGACGGAAUUUGUGGUAGCUUUAUGCUUGCUAGGGAACCCCGCGGAAUCUCGAACUAAUUCAAUGCCUCUCGCCUGCCUAUACAUAUAGACCCUCUUUACACCAUUUCGUGUCGAGUCGACUUCUUCCUGUGAAAACAGAACCACAGGCCAAUUGUGUAAUAUUUGUUGGAGAAGCUCGGCUUCUCGGGAUUGAAUAACAGCCGGAGAAAUGCCUUCAACGGCGUCAUGGUCAGGGACGCCGUCCAUUAAGGGCUCCUCGGAGUCAAUGCGCAUGGCUCUUUUGACCUUUAGCCUUGUUGGUAUUCAAUUUACGUGGGGUAUCGAAAUGACUUAUUGCACGCCUUACCUGUUACAACUUGGCCUUACAAAAAGUCGCACGUCACUUGUGUGGGUGGCUGGGCCACUGUCGGGCUUAAUAAUGCAACCUGUGGUGGGCGUGCUGGCAGACAAUUCCAAGUCAAGAUGGGGCCGAAGACGGCCAUACAUGGUCGUCGGCGCGUUAAUUGUGGCCGUGACAUUGUUAGUAUUGGGCUGGACAUCAGAAGUUGUUGGACUAUUUAUUUCUGAUCCGGAAUUGCGGAGACCGAUGACGAUUGCGCUUGCUGUGCUUAGCAUCUACGUAGUGGAUUUUGCGAUCAAUGCUGUCCAAGCGUCAUGCCGAAGUCUCAUUGUUGACACUCUCCCAAUUUCGAAGCAACAAAUGGGUUCUGCUUGGGCAAGUAGAAUGAUCGGAAUAGGUCAUCUCCUGGGCUAUGUUGCGGGCACUAUCGAUCUCAUGGGAAUUUUUGGGACAAGCCUAGGAGACAAUCAGUUUAAGCAAUUGACCGUCAUUUCCUCCUUGGGUCUCCUCAUUGCCGUUGGCAUCACAUGCUACAGCGUCCAGGAGCGAGUAUUGAUUUCUGGCCGAGAUACCGAAGACAGAGCCAGCGCUGUCAAGCUUUUUAGCCAAAUUCUGCGAGCCACGCUUCAUCUUCCUGCGCGAAUUCAGGCUAUCUGUUGGAUCCAAUUUUGGUCGUGGAUUGGCUGGUUCCCCUUUCUCUUCUACAGCACGACGUGGGUUGGAGAAAUCUAUUUUCGGUACAAUAUGCCCGAGGGCGUCAAAGGGUCCUCAGAUGUGCUGGGCGACGUGGGCCGCAUCGGCAGUCUCUCCCUCGUUGUUUUCUCCGUCAUCUCACUGGCCAGCUCAAUUGUGCUGCCUUGGAUAGUCAAGUCUCCUGAUAAUGAACGACCAUCGUUUACACCUCGUCCGCCUGCGAGUAUUGCCCCGAUUGUCACUACAGCAAGUCGAUUCAAGCCGGAUCUCCUUGACACAUGGACCUUUUCGCACCUUCUUUUCGCGGGCUCAAUGAUCCUGGCACCAUUCGUUACUUCACUAGGUUUCGCGACGGUUCUGGUCUCCAUCUGCGGAAUUCCAUGGGCACUCUCCUGUUGGGCUCCAUUCACAUUCAUGGGCAUCGAAAUCAACCGGCUCAGCGUCCCCGCAUCUAGCUCCAACGGCAACGUCUCAUAUAAUCGCCUCUCAACGGAAUCCUCUGUCGAAAUGUCCGAGGACCCCGCCACAACUCUCCGCCUCAAUCAUCAUCCCGAUGACGAAAAGGACGAAGGACCCGCGUCCAGUUCCACUGGCGAACUGGCAGGAGUGUAUCUUGGCAUCCUCAACCUUUUUACUACUCUGCCUCAAUUCAUCGGCACUUUUAUCUCCACCGUUGCUUUUGCCCUGCUCGAACCCGGUAAAAGCCCGGAGCUCGCUCAUGAAGCGCACCCCGAUGAACAUCAUUCUACCGAUGGCCCUAACGCCAUCGGCGUUUGUCUCUUUAUCGGCGCCGUGUCGGCCGUUGGAGCAGCGUAUGCUACGAAGCGACUAGGCCACAUUCAAUAGAAAAAAAUUUUUUUAUUGUUUUCCUUUUUUUUUGGUGGUGGUGGGUUGGUUUGUUUUUUGAUUUCCCGUUCCAUUGUCUGGGCAGAACACAUCUGCAUUGUUUUAGAGUCUAUUCUACGCAUAGAAUUUCUCUCUCUCCCUUUUCUUUUUUCCUUUCCUUCUCCUUUCAAUUGGAGGUUUGACCCUGGCAGUGUCUAUGUUUGCAUCACUAUCAUCAUCAAAUUCAUCAUUAUCGCUUCUGCAUUCUGCAUUAUGGUUAUCGGUGCAAUGGUUUUGGUCAUUUACUUUUUUUGUAUUGUUAUACUUACUCCUCCCCUUUUGCCUGUCUAUCGGUUUGUUACGCGACUAUACCAUGUUUCACGUACACGUCCAACAUCCAACAUCUUAUAACUUACAU